UAAUAAAUCAAAGUAUCGAGCAUUCUUUCCAAACGAAAAUGGCCCCAACAACGGAGAAUGUUUGGGAUGCUGCCAUUGCGUUCGACAAAAAACGAAAAGAGGCCCAAGUUCUGCAUGGACAAGCAGAAACAACUUUAUUGGUCAUUGGGAGCAAAUCAGUGGGUAAAUCCACGUUGAUUCAUAAGUUCUUGGAGCGACAGGAAGCAGCCAAGUCCACCCUUGCCUUGGAGUACACUUUUGGACGAAAAACAAAUCAAAGUCUGAUCAAGGAUGUGUCUCACAUUUGGGAACUGGGUGGGGGAACCCUAUUUUCAAAGCUCCUUGAAACUCCUUUGGCCCCGUCAAAGUUGGAAAGCGUCCGUGUCGUUGUCAUGGUGGAUCUAGCGGAUCCCUCUCAGUUAUGGUUUACUCUCGAGUCUUUGAUCACGGCCGUUUUAUCCCAUAUUCAAAUCUCCUUGAAAAGUGCUAAAGGCAAAGAAAUGGAUUUGGGAGACAAAUUGAAGGCUCUCUCUGAUCCUCAUAUCGACGGCGAGCAUCCUGAUAUUGCGAAGGUGAAACCAUUUCCCGUUCCAUUGGUCAUCUUAGGUGGAAAGUAUGAUGAGUUCCAGAAUAUGGAACCCGAGAAGAAGAAGAUUAUUUGCCGAGCUAUGCGAUUUUUUGCUCACUAUCAUGGAGCCACACUUCAAUUCUACACCUCUAAAGAUUCAGGCUCAGUGAAGAAGGCCCGAGACCUUCUGAGCCAAUUAGCGUUUGGAACAGAGCCCAAUAAGGGCGUUUCUCAAGAUUACAAUAAGCCCCUGAUCAUUCCUGCUUGGUCAGACUCCUUUGCUGCCAUAAUAAACGAAGACACAGCAAAUAUGGACAUGAUGAAACAUCACUUCACCACGCAUUACCCUCAGUCGGUAAAUGAAGGAACUGCGCUGCCUGAUGAUCCCGCCAAAGAUCCAAAUUUCAGAGAGCCAGAAAUUGAUCAACUCCGAUCACAAAAAGACGAGGAUUUGGAACGUUAUCGGAAAGACAUUGAAAAGAGAGCCAAGCAAAUGGGCGACGAGUUUUAGAUUGCACUUGAA